AUGCCGCGCGCACGCAGAUCCACCCGCUUCACGGGCGGUAGGACAAAAUACACGAAUGACCCCUUUGAGGCCGCAGGCGUGAGCGACGAGUCGGACGGGGGGCCCAAGGCGCGCAAGGGGGGGAAAGAGCCCGUCAGCGACGGGUCGUCCGACGAGGAGUUCCAGGCGAAUGAGGAGCAAGAGGAAGAGGAAGAAGAUGAAGACGAGGGCUCCGAGGAGGAGGUAGCUGGUGAAAACGACGACGACGAAGAAGCCGACGAGGAGGAGGAUGCCGCUUCUGACGGCGGGCGCGGAGCUCAAAAGGCCGUUGUGGCUCGGCCGAAACUCCAGAGAAAACGGCUUGGGAAUGACCUGGCGAUGCUGUCAAAGGAUGAGUUGCAUUCGCGUGGCACUCAUAGCUCGAUGGAGCAUAUGGGCAAGAUGCUCCAUAUGACGAUCACGUUUGGCACUGAUGAGAAGGAUCUGUUGUCUGUUGUUUAUGCGCGGCAGCGGUGGUCCAUGGGCCUUGAUUCUGGGUUUCCGACUCGUGCGUCGCUGAAUGAGGCGCCGGAUGUGCCGGAUUGUGGCUUUGGGCCGACUUUUGGUGUUGAGCCGGAGGAGAUGGAGAGGGAGAGGACGCAAGGGUGGGAUUGGUAUUACGAUGAUGAUGUGGGAGGGAGGUUUAGGAAGCGCCAGCGUCUGGGGUCAAUCUCUGAGAAAGAAGCUUUCUGGAAGUUCAUACCGCAGGCUAAGGAGAAGAAGCAUACAGUGCUGAUUGGGCCCGUUAAUGAUCAGAAGGUGUUCACGUUAGGGCAGCAUGAGUCUUUCAAUUUUGGAGAUGCUUUUGGGGAGGUUAAGGCUCGAGAGAAAGCAAAGCCUGCCACUGGAGGCAAGUCUAAAAGUAAAGCUUCUGCACAGGAAGACUCUACCGGUCGAACUCGAAAGAAGCGUGAAGGGUGGAUUAUCAACCUAGGACAGAAGGUUCAGUGUAUGGCUUGGGCUCCAAAUCAACCCGGCCUCACCCAGUAUCUGGCUGUUUCGACGCCGAUAUCAAAAGAGGAGAAAGAAGCGUAUCCGGACCCGUUCAAGGACCGUGGUGCCCGAGCGUUUAGACCCUCCCCUCCGUAUCCAUGUGCCUUGCAGCUUUGGAUGUUCAAGGCCGAGAGGGAGGAGUCUCUUACAAAACACAUUGAUAUGAACUUUGAACCAAAACUACGACUGGCCUUAUGCACUAAUUGGGGCGAUCUAAGACGACUGGCCUGGUGCCCAAUGAGUCGAGACCCUCGGGAAGAGGACGAUGAUGACGCCCUGCAAUCUGUCGGGCUUCUUGCUGGUAUAUGGGGAGAUGGAUAUUUGAGAGUCCUUGAUAUCAAGCUUAGCGGCGACCCCAAUCAGGCUGAGUACUACGUAGUACAGUCUCCAGUCUUCGAAGCAAAGCCACCAUCGACUUUGUGUACAUGUUUAACAUGGCUCUCUCCGAGUGAUGUCGCUGUUGGCUGUGCCAACGGGUUCGUCGCUAUUUGGAGCAUUGUGCCUUCGCCGAAUUCUCCACCAAACCCUUUCCCUUAUUUCUACCAACCAAUCCAUUCUACAUACGUUCUUAAUCUAGCGUCGGCUUAUCCAACAAAUGCUCAUCUAAUAGCGACCACGUCCAUGGACGGAGAGACACGGCUCUGGUCGGUUUUAGACCCGCAAAAAGACAUGGUGGACUCUAACCGUAUGCGAGUGGGGUCACCGUACUUAACAUACUCUCCUUUGCUACACUCUUUUCUCUCCAGCGACGAGAACGACUUCGCCCGACUGCUAGCUGUGCGACGAUUCUAUACUACGACGGCAGUAGCUCGGUUCCCUAGCACAGUCUCUUCGCUGUCCCCAUGCAGCGUCUGGCAUCCCAGCGUCAUGUACGGGUGCACCAGCGGUGCGGUAGUCGCGACGAAUCCCUUACGGCGAUUGCUGCACGUCAAAGAAAAGCAAUGGCAACAGACCUGGUUUACGCACGAGUGGGCGCGUGGUGACGACGCAAGCGGUUCGGGUAUCAGUAGAUUUCACGAUGGCUACCGCGCUGAGAGCAUCAGCCUACUACGGAACAUGAUGGGUGAUCGCAAGAUGGUGAACGGGGUUAUGACGAUCACAAUCUAUGAAGAGGGAACGCAUGUCACCGCACUCUCUUGGAAUCCAAACCAGGCAUGCGCAGGGUGGGCUAGUGCUGGUAUGGGCUGCGGGCUGAUUCGAGUCGAGGAUCUGGCUACGUAA